AUGGCAGUUGGUGUACAGUCAAUCACAACGUCGUAUUACCGCAACUCUGUUGGGGGACUGCUAGUCUUCGACCUGACCAACCGCAAAACCUUUGACCACGUGCGAGAAUGGCACAAGGAGGUGAGUGAGCACAUCCUGCCUCACCACAUGGUCUACAUCCUGAUCGGCCAUAAGAGCGACCUGAACAAGGACCGCAAGGUGAGCCGGGACGAGGCGGAGCAGCUCGCUGCCGAGCUGGGCAUCCGCUACAUCGAGACGUCGGCCAAGUGCAACAGCAACGUGGACCGGGCGUUUGAGCUGCUGACCAGAGACAUCUACGAGCUGAUGAAGAUGGGCGAGAUCGUUACCCGCGAUGGAUGGGACGGUGUAAAGAGUGGCCUCACUGCCAAGGUCCUUUAUCCUGGUGAGGAGGAGGAGGAACUUGCUGCUGCGUCUCCUGAGAAAGGCUGCCACUGCUGA